AUGGCAGAUUCACAACACAAUCCAAAGAACAGGAGACAACAAGCAAAUCAAAUGCAUAACCAUAGCGAUGAUCCAACAGCGAUGCCUCCAUUGCCUGUGCAACAGCCACAACAACAACCACGCAAUCAAUCAAUCAACGGCCACCGCAAAUCAGCCUCAAUGAAUCAACCUCAAUCUCAAGAUCGUAAUCGCCGCAAGAAUCUUGGUCCUAGAUUCCAGGACGAAUCAAACGAAUCAGACAGCUACGGCACUCUGAACCCAAAUUUCCAAUUCGGUGCUAGACGUCGCCAAACCAACAACUCAAUCUCAUACGGCAACCACACUCCUUCUCAAUCACUCGGUGGUCCUGCUCAAAUUCCUCAACUUGGUAUCACCCCUGAGCAAUUACUCCUCCAGCAGCAAAUUGAGCAACUCCAGCAUCAGCAGAGAGCUUUGAUUCAAAAUCAAUCUCAAUUCAUUCAGCAAUACGAUCAGCAGACUCUCAACUCGAGAAUGAAUCCCAACGCUAACAACCCUCACAUCCCUAACAUCCCUAACAUCCCUAACAACCACCGCCGCAUUCAAUCUCAGCAAGCCCCUAACAUGAGAAUGUCUGGUGGUAACCUCACUCAGUACUCCCCUCACUCACCAAACCUCUACAACCCACAAGGCUCUCCACAAAUGAAAAACAUUCCCCCAAAAGGUCAUGGAAGACGUCAUUCUGUCAAUGUCUCAAAAGUUACUAAAGACCUUAAUGACUUUUCCUUCCCCCCAUCCAACACUGUUAACAAGAUGUCUCCACAAAGUGCUCAAAGUGGUCAUGGUAGAAGAAUUAGCACUGGUCAAGCCAUCCAGCAACCUAUUCCUAACAACAAUCAAUCAGGAGUACCUGAUCUUGCACAAGCUCAAUCUCAAUUAGCUUCAUUGGCUCAAUUCCGUGUUGGUGUCGGUGCAGGUGGUCACAACAGGGCCCAAUCAUUCGCAUUCCCUAAUUCAUUCCAAAACAUGGUAGCUGCCGCUUCCUUGUCUGCUGCACUUGGUGGCAAUCAGAUGGGUAAAUUUGACAACGGCAUCAACUACGCUCUCCAGCAACAACAAGCGUUCAAUUUACAAAUCCAACAACCAAGCAACCAUGGGGGCCCUCAACGCAAGUCUCUAUUUGCUCCAUACCUUCCACAAGCUUCAUUACCUCCGCUCCUCACUGCUGGUAAGCUGGUAGUUGGUAUGUUGCGUGUAAACAAACGCAAUAGAUCGGAUGCCUACAUAUCCACCGAGGUCUUGGAUGCCGAUGUCUAUAUCUGUGGUAGCAAAGAUCGUAACCGUGCAUUAGAGGGUGAUAUAGUUGCAGUCGAAUUACUAAAUGUCGAUGAGGUCUGGGGUACGAAGAAGGAGAAGGAGGAUAAGAAGAGACGUAAAGAAGAAAAUGCACAGUAUGAUGCAUUGCGCGCAAUCAAUCCCUCAAUUGAAACUAAACAGCAGGCCAAGAAUAGAGAUGAUGUGCAAGUUGAAGGACAGGGUUUAUUUUUGAUUGCAGAUGAGGAGGUUAACGACGAUCAGAAACCUAAAUAUGCUGGUCACGUUGUCGCGAUUGUUGAGCGCAUGCCUGGACAGUUGUUCUCAGGUACACUUGGUAUACUCAGACCAAGUUCAGCUGCCACUAAAGAAAAACAGGAUGCUGAAAGACGUGAGCGUGAAGGUGGAAUACCAGAGGCACAAGAAAAACCAGCACAGAGGCCAAAGAUUGUGUGGUUCAAGCCAACUGAUAAGAGAGUGCCACUUAUUGCUAUUCCAACUGAACAAGCUCCAAAAGAUUUCUUGAGUAAUUCUGAGCAUUAUCAGAAUCAACUGUUCGUUUCUUGCAUCAAGCGCUGGCCAAUUACUUCGUUGCAUCCAUUCGGUACAUUGGUUGAGAAGCUCGGACCGAUUGGUGACGUCCAAGUUGAGACUAGUGCAUUAUUGAAAGACUCCAAUGCAACAUCUUCUGAAGAUUUCCCAGAUUCUGCUCUCAGGUGUCUUCCUGCAUUGCCUUGGCACAUUCCACAAGAGGAGUAUGGAAAGAGGAGAGAUAUGAGAAAUGAGAGGACUUUUACUAUAGAUCCAGACACUGCGAAAGAUUUAGAUGAUGCUGUCUCUGUUAAAGUCAAUAGCGAUGAUACUUAUGAUAUAACAGUCUCAAUUGCGGACGUUAGCUACUUCAUCAAACCAAAUUCGCCACUGGAUAAAGAUGCUAGAAAGAGAGCAACUAGUGUGUAUUUGGUGCAAAAAGCUCUGCCAAUGUUACCAUCGAUCUUGUCGUCAGACCUGUGUUCAUUGCUUCCCGACAGAGAAAGACUAGCCUUCUCUGUCACCUUUACUAUGGACAAAGACGCCAAGGUGCUUAAGACAUGGUUUGGGCGUACGAUAAUCAAAUCUUGCGCACAAUUGUCGUAUGGCAAUGCCCAGAACAUCAUCGAGGGUAGACAACUUGAUGUGGUUGAGGGCAGAAAGAGUGACAAGUACACUAGUGAAGAGAUUGGCGGAGAUAUAAAGAUACUAUACAAGUUGUCGCAGAAGAUGCGCCAACGUAGAUUCGAUGAGGGAGCACUUAAGAUCCAGACGAUGAAGUUAGCAUUCCAGCUUGAUGAGCAUGGCACGCCUAUUGAUUGCAUGGCAUAUCAGUCAAGAGAGGCGAACAACCUGAUUGAGGAGUUUAUGUUGAUAACGAAUAUCACAGUCGCGUCAGAAAUAGCAGCCAGUUUACCUGAGCAAUCGUUGUUGAGACGUCACGAAGAUCCAAUUCCGAAGAGACUGGAUGCAUUCCAAGAGAGAGCGAAGGAGUUAGGAUUUGACAUUGACGUAUCCUCGUCCAAGGCACUCCAGAGUUCGUUCCUUGCUGUUGAGGAUGAGGAGGCGAGAAAGAUGCUGCAAGUAUUGGCCGUGAAGGGAAUGUGCAGAGCCAAGUACUUCUGCUCAGGAGCUAUAGAUAUCAGUUCGUACCGACACUACGCACUCAAUGUUCCUCUCUACACGCACUUCACAUCGCCUAUCAGAAGGUAUGCGGAUGUGGUGGUGCAUCGCCAGCUGCAGACAGUUCUCGAGUAUGGAGAGGAAGCUGAGAAGAACUUCCAGAUGGACAGGGAGACUGUAGCCAAGACAGCACAGCAGUGCAAUGUCAAGAAGGAGGCUUCGAAACAAGCGCAGGAGAGCUCGCAGCAUCUCUACCUCUGUCUGUUGAUUUCAGAUCUCACAAAGAGAUAUGGACCGGUAGUGAGACAGGCGACUGUAAUUGGUGUGCUCGAUAGGGCUUUCGAUGUGCUCGUCAACGAUAUGGGCAUCGAGAAGAGAGUGCACGUCGACCAGAUACCAGUCAACGAACACAAGUAUAGCGAGCAGCAUAAGACACUCGAUCUGUAUUGGAAGAAGGGCGUCGAUGUUAUAUCGUGGUUGGUUGAGAAUAGCUCAGAUGGCCAUCUUCAGUGUAUUCAAGAAGCUGCUCAGAAACACGCCCCAGCGCAUAUGACUUCGAGAUCUACCCAGGAUGAGCAGGCGCUGUUUGAUGAGAGUGACAGUGAUGAGAGUGAUGAGGACAAUGAUAACGAUAACGAUAACGAUAUGGUUAACAAGAAGAAUAACGACAUGGACACGGUUCAGCAUAAUAAGUCGAAGCUUGCUUACCAACCGAAGUAUGAGAACGUCAGGGUGGAGAAUGGCAAGUAUAUACAGACUAUUAAGGACAGCAUGACUGUUGAUAUCAUCGUCACUGCUGACUUUUCAGCCUCACCUCCCAUCUUGAAGUGCUACUGUGGAAAUCCAUUCGCAUGA